ACAUGUGUUAAUAAUGCCACAUCUAUGAGGUAUGGUACAGCUGAUGAUGUCACCAGCCUUGCAUGGCGGCAUUGAACCUGCCCCUGCAUGUGUGCACGUCACCACCAACACUAACCACCACCACCAAAGGAGACACACAGUGGACAUCGGUGCACUACACGCAGAUCAUCCGGAGAGGACAUGGCUGCAUUAUAGCGCCGCAACAAAAGCGGGCCCUGCGGGAAGACGCGUCAUGUCCACCGUGCUGCAGCCUUGAAAGGCGACAUGAAGCGGAAGAGCGACAGGAGCCGAGUGGAGUCGAGGAGGAAGAAGCGCUGCGCAGCUAUACGCGGCUCAGAGGCGGAGCCAAACUCGGAUAUUUACAUUGAGAUUUCAGAUCAACUGUAUUUUGCCAUCCUUCAGCAAAAGCUGAAAAGCACGACCGAGCGACAUUAUUUCUGCAUUGAUGAAGAGUUGGCAUAUGAAAACUUCUAUGCAGACUUUGGCCCCCUCAACCUGGCCAUGCUUUAUCGCUUCUGUUGCAAACUGACAAAGAAACUCAAGUCCAUUACACUUUCAAGGAAGAAGAUUGUGUUUUAUACCUGUGGGGAUCGGAAGAAACAAGUCAAUGCUGCUUACCUCAUAGGCUCGUAUGCAGUAAUGUACCUGAAUAUGACACCAGAUGAGGCCUACAGUCUACUGGUGUCCAAGAACUGCACAUACAUUCCAUUCAGAGAUGCCUCGUUUGGAACCUGCAUGUACAAUCUAAACAUCCUGGACUGCCUCCGUGCUGUUCACAAGGCGCUGCAGUACGGCUGGCUGGACUUCUCCAACUUUGAUUUGGAGGAAUACGAGCACUAUGAGAGGGCGGAAAAUGGCGAUUUAAACUGGAUCAUUCCGGGGAAAUUCCUUGCAUUUAGUGGGCCUCAUCCCAAAAGCAAAAUCGAGAACGGCUACCCUCUGCACGCUCCUGAGGCCUACAUCCCUUAUUUUAGGCAACACAACAUCACCAAUAUUGUGCGACUCAACAAAAAGAUGUAUGAUGCCCGGCGCUUCACAGAUUCGGGCUUUGAACAUCACGACCUCUUCUUUGUGGACGGGAGCACGCCCAACGACACCAUUGUCAGGAAGUUCCUCAAUAUAUGUGAGAACGCGGAGGGAGUCAUAGCCGUCCACUGCAAAGCGGGAUUGGGGCGCACUGGCACUCUGAUUGGCUGCUACAUGAUGAAGCAUUACUGCAUGACGGCGGCAGAGGUGAUUGCUUGGAUACGGAUCUGUCGCCCAGGGUCCAUCAUCGGGCCUCAGCAGAACUUUGUUGAAGAGAAGCAGAACAGUCUGUGGGCUGAGGGAGACGUCUUUCGGGAGAAGAUGCUCGGCGAAAGGGAGAACGAUAAACUGGUCGUGACGAGAAUCCUCUCCGGAGUGGACGACAUAACCAUUAACGGCAGCAACAAGAACCGGGUGUCCAAGAAAGGAGAGCUGGAACUGUAUAACGAUGACGAAGAACGUAACGGCCUGACGCAGGGCGACAAACUGCGAGCCCUGAAAAGCCAGAGGCAGGCCAGAUCCUCCAGUUCAUUAUCGCAGGUGGUAGUGUUCUGCUGCGGCCUCACGGAGGCGCUGUGGCCAAUGUGUUGCCUGUCGUUUAAAAGAUAGCUGAGGGAAAGUGGUGCAGUGUGAGGUUUGAAGGAGGUAAGAGCAUGCUACUUCCUCUUUCAGCUACAGCAUCUUCCUCUACAAUUGGUUGCAAUGCCAUUGAAUGGUGUGGCUGAUUUGUUAUUUUCUUUUUUGUUUUGCUAUGGCACAACAUGGAUAUGUAAUAAGUAGAUGCAUUACUUUUAUGAGCUGGUCUGCUGUAUUUGCUAACAGCAAUCCAUCGCGCCAUUUGUCAGGAUAUGAAUGAACUGACCUUUGUUUUUGUGCCUGGCUUACAUCCAUGCUUUUAGUGGAGAAGAAUUGUUGGUAAAUGAAGUGUUUUUGUCCACUAAAGGCCUGUUCACGCAAUUUAAGAAAGUUACAACAAUAAAGUUGUAAGCAUGCUUGAAAGAAGUCAUAUGGCAAAAUGUUAUUUGUGUGAUAAACAAAACUUUUUUUUCCUACUAAGAGAAUUAAGUUAAUAAGAUACAAUUUCUACUUUUAGGACAAUACUAAAGUUUCGUUUAAAGUAUAUUUUGAGAUACUUUUUAAUUGUAAUAUUGAAGUUCAAGUUGGAAUUUUACACAAUGUUAUAUUACGUGAUGACUUUUUUGAAAACUUGUUAUAGUCUCUUAAUGUUUAAGUUGCUAUUUUGACAUCCAUACUGUACAUGAUGACAUUGACCCUAACACUCCUUUCGUACAUGCCAGAUGUGUUGUUGAUAUCCUGCUGUACAGUAAAGUGGAAGUUGGAACAGAGUAACAAAUGGCCUACGAACAAUUAACCCCAGCUGGCUUCACUGUUUAACACUGAAGUGCAUGUCAAACUUCUAACUGGACAGGAAACAUUUAAGUGGGACCACGAUUUUCUGCCUUUUUCUUCCAUGCAUGGCAAGCAGACACGGCGCAUUUCUCCGACAUACGCACGCUUAUUUAUAUACACCUCGUACAGAAUUUCAAUAUGUCUUUUGUGAUCAACGUUUCGGACCAGGUUCACACUGUUUUUGCUGCCUGUUUAAAAUGACUCUGGAUCAGUACACACACUACACCAGGUGUAAGACCACCACACGUAUUUGUGUGUUUUAUUUAUUAGAGGAGAACAGUAAAUCCCAUGUAGACAUUACUGUGAAAGUAUUUGUGUUUAUUAUUCACAAUGUGUUAAAUCUCUACACAGCAACAUGGCUUAACAUGGAGAUUGUCUGUUUACUGAUCCAGACCCUUUGGAAAAGCAGAGCAUCUCUGUGUGCCGUCUGGUCGUCUCUUGUAUUAUCUUUAUUAUUCCCUUUUUAUUUCCCUUUGUUUUGCUCUUGUUUGGAUUUAUCCUCCUUUCAGAUGGCUGGUAGCCAUGCUCCUCUGCUCCCUGUGUAGCCUUGCCCUGUGGUGGAUUGUGUAUGGCUUCCCUUCCUCCAUGCUGCAUUUCUGUAUAGACGGGUUAGGAUUUCUAUGAGUUCUGCCACCCAUGACCCCCACCCUCCCCAACAAAAAAAUGUGUGCUGGCCCCUUCCCCCAUUCUGGAUCUAACUGAGAACGCCGUAAGUGAGCUCCCCCGCCCCCCUUUUUAACUCCUAACCUAAUCAGAAAUACUGUAAAUUCUCAAAAUAACCUCUUGUUAAUUUAACCAGUCUGCUAUAGCCGCUGAUGCAUGCUUUACUAAUGCAAAUCACCUCCAAGGUUUCUUAGCACCAGGUCAAAAAUUUUUGUCUGUAACUAUAUUUGGUAUAUGUAUCAGUGGCCAGUAUUGAGUAGGUUUAUCUACCUCUGCAUGCUACUCAGCUGUUUGCCUGAAACCCAUUUUUUUAUUUACAGUGAACUCAGUAGGGCUUGGCCAAUAAAUCAAAGAAAGUCUUGCUCGUCCCGACCCACUAGUGGGGCCUACUGGGAAGCACCGCGAGGUAACCAAACAAGCAAGCAUACCCAAUUUUUUGGAAAGUAAUGGCAAAAAACCCAGUUUUUCCAACUGGGAAAAAACUGCACUACUAGAUAAUUAUUAUUUAAAGUGCAUUUUUUGCUAACAGAUUAAAAGUGCAUUUUAUUUUUGAAUAAAUUAAAAGUUAAUAUAAAUUUCAGCUAAAAUGGUGAAACAAUAUGAGAAAUCAAAGUUUGUGUUUGAAAGGAAUACUUGCAAUUUUAUUAUUGGCAAUAAUUUGUGGGGAAAUGUAUCAUCCAGCCCAGGCCUACUCACCAGUGGUAUUAAUGCUGGCUCAGCAGUUUGCUUCUUAAUGCCAUUACAACAUUGGGUCUGUUGCUGCAGUAUAAAUGACCACAUGGUCAAAGAUAGCCAUGUUUUGCAUUCUAUUUUCUCUUACACUACAAACCAUUGUUGAAAUGCAAAAAAAAUAAUUUUCAGUCUUUAUUCACCAGUCAUCGCUCCCAAACUACAAUAAUUAGAAUUGAUCGUAUGUUGAAAAGAAAUUGAUCCUGUUGCUAUGUAAAUCAUUUAAGCUGAAUCAAAUAGCAAGUGAAGCUCUUGUUUUUGCGGUCAUUUUUACAAAGCUUUAUUUUAUACCUCAAUCUUUUUAUUUUGAAACAUUUUCUGUUGAUUCAAUACUCUCAUUUUGUGGGCUGAUGGCUAUUUGUGUCAAUGGUAUAAAUCACCAGCAGCACCCAUUACAUCUCCGCCUGCUACUAUGUUUGGCCUCACUAAAUCUCACCUGAUUUGCUGAAGCUGCUAUAAGGGCCAAGUGACUUUUUAUAUGAA